AUGCAGAAAUUCAAGCAGAAGUUUGAGCAUGGCAUUGAGAGUUUGGAGGGUUCCUUCAAAGAAACCCAUAUCCACGAUGUGAAAGCCGAGGCCACCCAUUUCAAAAACAAGGUCGGCAAAUUCUUUAACAUCGUCAACCCAAACCAUCGCCAUGACGAGGAGCAUGAGCAGGCUACCGACAAGAAGCGCACAGAACGCGCUGAGUCCCAUCGCUUCAAGUCCUUUGCCCCCACUCACGACGGCAACCGCGUCAAAUGGUAUGUAGACGCAAAGGACUAUAUGUGGGCAGUCUCAGAAGCCUUGGAGAAGGCCACUGAAACCAUCUACAUCGCCGACUGGUGGCUUUCCCCAGAGCUCUUCUUGCGCCGUCCCCCAGUGCAGCACCAGGAAUGGCGAUUAGAUCACGUUUUGAAGCGUCGUGCCGAGGCCGGCGUGAAGAUCUACGUAAUUGUCUACAAGGAGGUGAACCAAGCUCUGACUUGUAACUCGGCGCACACUAAGCACGCGUUGCGCAAUCUUUGCCCCGAGGGAACGCCGGGCUAUGGCAAUAUUCGAGUGAUGCGCCAUCCUGAUCACAAUGUCUUUGAGAAUGCCGCUGACAUGACUCUCUACUGGGCACAUCACGAGAAGUUCAUUGUGAUCGAUUACAAUGUAGCCUUCAUCGGUGGUAUUGAUCUUUGUUUCGGUCGGUGGGAUGCAAACCAGCACCCACUUGCAGACGUCCACCCAGCUGGACUGAGGGACGACAUUUUCCCCGGUCAAGAUUUCAACAACAACCGAAUCAUGGACUUCCAGAGCGUCCAAGAUUGGCAGAGCAACGAAGUCAGCAAAGCUGAUUACGGGCGUAUGCCGUGGCACGAUGUCGCCAUGGGUUUACAAGGUGACUGCGUAUUCGAUAUUGCAGAGCACUUUGUCCUGCGGUGGAACUUCAUCAAGCGCGACAAGUACAAGCGCAGCCAUGAUGUUGACUGGCUUUUGAUGGAGGGUCGCACGGAGGAAGAAGAUAUUAUCGCUGUGCAGCGUCCGAAGUAUCCCUGUGGUGAUUACAUCCAACACCCUUUGACCCCUCUUGCCACCAAGAGUCGCGGUAACGUCGGCACCGUGCGCGCUCAGAUCGUGCGCAGUAGCGAUGACUGGAGCAGUGGAAUCCUGAACGAGCAUAGCAUCCAAAAUGCAUACUGCGAGACGAUUCGUAACGCGCAACACUGCGUGUACAUCGAAAACCAAUUCUUCAUCACUGCCACUGGCGACCAGCAGGGUCCGGUGUUCAACCAAAUUGGCCGUGCAAUCGUUGAUGCAUGUGUACGUGCAGGCAAAGAAGGUCGCAAAUUCCGAGUGAUCAUUGUUAUUCCCGCAAUUCCCGGAUUUGCUGGUGAUCUCCGCGACGAUGCUGCGACGGGUACUCGGGCUAUCAUGGACUAUCAGUACAAGUCGAUCUGCCGAGGCGAACACUCGAUUUUCGCACAGAUAGAGAAGGAGGGUGUUGACCCACGAGAGCACAUGUUCGUAUUUGCCCUGCGGGCGUACGACCGCAUCAACAAGACCCCGGCGCUCGAAGAGCUCGAGAAGCAAGCCGAUGUCACAUACCAGGAUAUCCAGCGUGGUAUUGCCGAAUCGAUUAUGAGUGAAAGUGUACACCCCGGUAUUGGCAAGGAUGGCGACAAGAACGAGAAGGACUACGAGAAUGAGCCCAGUAAAAAGGCUGAACACCUCGCGAAGCUUGAGCGAUUCGAAGAGAAGUAUGAGCAGCGCAAGAAAGAAGAUGGUUUCCACAGCAGGGACACAGUCUCCCACUGCACCAUGCUGAACGGGGGUAAGAUGUCGGAGGAGGUCUGGGAAGGUGAAGCGGAGGCCGAGAAGGAGAACAUUGUCCAGGAGGAGCUGUACGUGCACGGCAAAGUUUGUAUCGUCGACGACCGGACAGUGAUCUGCGGCAGUGCGAACAUCAACGACCGAUCCCAACUCGGAUCACACGACAGCGAACUGGCGAUCGUAAUGGAAGAUCAAGACAUGAUCUCCAGCACGAUGAACGGAGCGCCAUACCAGGCGUCCCGAUUGGCGGCAACGCUACGUCGACAGUUGUGGCGGGAACAUCUGGGCCUUCUACCGGCACAGGAAUACGAUACCCCCGAGCACCCGAACUCCCGAUCUGUAGAUGAGUGUCUAAACCAGAUCGACAUGGGGGCAGAGAAUGAUUUCGUAGUGGACCCCCUGAGCGACGGGGUCUGGAACACCUGGACGUCUCAGGCGAGCGGGAACACCGAUACGUAUCGGAUGCUGUUCCGGGCGGAUCCAGAUGACAACAUCAAAACGUUCGAGGAUUAUGAUAAUUUCCGACCGAGGGGAUCCCGGAAGGAAGGGCAUUUGUUCGAUCCCUAUAUGCCUAUUAAGGAUGUGCGGGAGAAGUUGGAUCUCAUUAAGGGGCAUCUCGUUUGGUUGCCUUUGGAUUUCUUGAAGGAUGCCGAAAUGGCAGAGCCUGGCUUGGCUGUGAAUCAAAUUACCGAGAGCAUUUACACUUAG